AUGAAGCGCUUCUUAUCCAAGCACUUCGGCUCUAAGCGCACCCCCUCCAAGCCCGUCAAUACCUACGAGCGCAUCUCCGAGUACGACCUCCUCGCCUUCACCACCGCGAUGUACAAGACGUUCCCGCGAGAAGUCCGCGACGCCAUCUACGCCUACCUCUUCGACGCCGUCACUACGCGCGCCGUCAGCCUCUGCGCCCAGCCGAGCGUAGACCAAUACCCGAUCCACACGGCAACCCUCCACCCCUCCUCGUGGCCGCGCUUCAUCAAGCCGGGAACCACGCACCGCGCUGUGGUGCUGGAGAUCAUCCAAGCCUUCUACGAUGCAUACCGCGCGUUCGAGGUCACCCACCCCGUGGAGAUCCGCAACCUGCUCAAUCAAGACUUCUUCAGGAUGGGCGUCAUUCCCGCAAACGGCAUGCUGUCUGCGUUCAAGGUCAGCGGCUGCAUCGAGCCCGGCUAUUGCGAUUCUGUCGUUGCAGAGCGGCUGGAGGAGCACUUCGCGCCGUUGCUUGCGUGCGCUCGGAAGCGCGACUUCGAACUCACGAUAGAGCUCCGGUCUCGCGCUCUACCCUGGUACCUUUACCGUGAGAAUAUUCCCUGGCUCGCUGAGAUCCUCGCCACUACCAUGCAAGCGCUUAGGCCCGUCGUCAAGGCCGUGCGGGCGGAGUCGCGCGAGGCGAAGGUAUUCGUCAAGCUGCUGUUUGGAGGGAGUACGAUCGUUGUGCGGCCGGAGCAUUUGAGGUACACGAAGGAGGAGUGGACUCGACGCAUGAAGGUAGUGCUGGAGUGUCCGGCGAUUGUCGAAGAAAUGUGGGGGGAUCGGGGGCAGGAUGAUGACUAG